AUGGAGCCCCACCUGCUCGGGCUGCUCCUCGGCCUCCUGCUCUGUGGCACCAGGGUCCUCGCCGGCUACCCAAUUUGGUGGUCCCUGGCCCUGGGCCAGCAAUACACAUCCCUGGGCUCGCAGCCCCUGCUCUGCGGCUCCAUCCCGGGCCUGGUCCCCAAGCAGCUGCGCUUCUGCCGGAAUUACAUCGAGAUCAUGCCCAGCGUGGCCGAGGGCGUGAAACUGGGCAUCCAGGAGUGCCAGCACCAGUUCCGGGGCCGCCGCUGGAACUGCACCACCAUAGACGACAGCCUGGCCAUCUUUGGGCCCGUCCUGGACAAAGCCACCCGCGAGUCGGCCUUCGUGCACGCCAUCGCCUCUGCCGGUGUGGCCUUCGCCGUCACACGCUCCUGUGCUGAGGGCACCUCCACCAUCUGCGGCUGUGACUCGCACCACAAGGGACCGCCUGGCGAGGGCUGGAAGUGGGGCGGCUGCAGCGAGGACGCCGACUUCGGGGUGCUCGUGUCCCGGGAGUUCGCAGACGCACGCGAGAACAGGCCAGACGCGCGCUCCGCCAUGAACAAGCACAACAACGAGGCGGGCCGCACGACCAUCCUGGACCACAUGCACCUCAAGUGCAAGUGCCACGGGCUGUCUGGGAGCUGCGAGGUCAAGACCUGCUGGUGGGCCCAACCCGACUUCCGCGCUAUCGGCGACUUCCUCAAGGACAAGUACGACAGUGCCUCGGAGAUGGUGGUGGAGAAGCACCGUGAAUCCCGCGGCUGGGUGGAGACCCUCCGUGCCAAGUACGCGCUGUUCAAGCCGCCCACCGAGAGGGACCUGGUCUACUACGAGAACUCCCCCAACUUCUGUGAGCCCAACCCCGAGACGGGCUCCUUUGGCACCAGGGACCGGACUUGCAAUGUCACCUCCCACGGCAUCGAUGGCUGCGACCUGCUGUGCUGUGGCCGCGGCCACAACACGAGGACGGAGAAGCGGAAGGAGAAAUGCCACUGCAUCUUCCACUGGUGCUGCUACGUGAGCUGCCAGGAGUGCGUCCGCAUCUACGAUGUGCACACCUGCAAGUAGGGAGUCAGGGCACUGGGAACGGGUGAAGUGUGUGGCUGGGCAGAUUCACCGAAGUCCCGUGGGAAAGCAGGACCUGGAGCCGGGCUCAGCCCUCAGCACCAGGCAGCCAGGAACCCGGACUGUUGCCAGAUGCCCGUGCGGUAAAUGACUUGGACCCGAGCUGCCCGCUGCUGGGGAGGCCUCCCUCGCCCUCUCUCUUAAGUUUCUCACCCUACUGUGGAUGGUGUGUGGUUUUUAAAGAAGGGGCUUUCUUUUUAGUUCUCUAGGGUCUGAUAGGAACAGACCCCAGGCUUAUCUUUGCACAUGUUAAAGAAAAUAAAAAUGGAAAAAAAAAAAUUCUACUCCGACAGAACAGGCUGGGCUGCCGUGAGCUCUCGGCCUGGUGGUGAAGACCUCGGCUGGGGCAAGAUUCUCUUUCCAGAAGGCGUCUCCUGGUGCCAUGCAAGAUGCCUGUGCGGUGGGCGUUAUGAAGUAGGACAGAGCCCAGCAGUCUCCUUUUCUCUGUCUCCUCCUGCUCAGAUCUGAUAGACCUCCACAUUCUCACGAAAGCCAUAGGGUUAGCUAGGAUCCAGUGGGAGGGAGGCCCAAAGCAAUUGUGGGGGUGGGCUUGGGAGUCCUGAAGAACCAGGAGCUCUGGGUGGCCUGGCAGGCUGUUGGAAGAGCGGCUGGGUCUUGUUCUCAGUCUCGCUUCCUCUGCAGCCCUGUUCCGCACUCGAGGCCCUUGUGAACCGCAGUCCCAGCUCCUGGUCUCCUGCUCCCCUUCCGCGCUGUCUACCAGGAAUGCAGGGCAGGGCUUGGGGGCUUUUUUUUUUUU